AUGGCGCCCAGGAAGCGAGGCCAGAGCGCGGGACGCCACCCAGGGGCAGAGGGCGCCGAGCCGCCGCUGUCGGAGCGCGCGCAGUACCUGCAGCGCGAGUACAAGCUGCUGUCGGAACAGCUGAACGCCUGCGAGGAGCGCGUGGAUCAGGUGCUGCAGGAAAACGCCUUCCUGGACUGCGAGGCGCUGCGCCUGCGCGAGGAAAACCGGCUCUACGCCAGUUAUGUGAGCGCGCGUGCGCAGCGCUGCGCCCAUGCCAUCAUACGGCUGGACGAGCAGAACCGGGUGGACCUGGCACAGGUCCACUGGCAGCGGACGGAGUUAGCUUCUCUCUAUCACGGGCGCGAGGACGGGGUGCGCGCGCAGCUGCUGGAGAUGGAGGCGCGCGCGGCGCAGAUGGCACAGCAGGUGCAGGAGCUGCAGCCCUAUAAGGAACUGCAGCUGGAGCAGCUGGCCCGGAUCCGGACACUGGAGCGCGAGCUUCUGCACAUGCGCGUGGAGCACACGCAGCUGCUCCACCGCGUGAAGCGGCGCUUCCUGGAGGACAAGGCGGCCUUCGAGCGCGAGGCGCGCCAGCGCGUGCUGUCCUUGGCGCGGCGCGCGGAACGGGAGGCGGCGCGCGCGCUCAUCGCGCAUACGUAUGCCAUCAAGGCGGACAAUGGGCGCCUGCGGCAGGAGCUGCUGCGGCUGCUCAGCCGGGCCCAGCUGCUGCGUAACACGCGGCGCCAGCUGCUAGAGCAGCGUGAGCAGCUGCGGCGCGAGCACGAGAACACGCGGGACUUGGCGCGUGUGCAUGGUUGGCUGCGCCGGGGCGCCGGGGGCCCGGCGCUGUGGCAACCGCCGCCUCCCGCCUCGCGACCGGGGUCUUUCACCUCCUCCAAAAGCCCGUCGCGCACAGCCUCCAAGAACCGGUCUCAGGUCUCUUCGCGUGCGGUCUCCAGGGUCCCGUCCUUGACCCCGUCCUGCCCUGGCUCCCGGGUCCCGUCCUUGACCCCGUCCCAUCCUGCUUCCGGGUCUCUUCGCGGACCUCACUGCGUGUGGCCUCAGAGAACAUCACUCCCUCUGCUAAGUCUGCCCCCGGAUCAGGCUCUUCCCGUCCACCAGUUGAAGGAGACCGUGAACACUGAUGCUGCAGCUUGAACCUACCGGGAGGAAGGCCAGUGAGGCCAGGGGUGGGGGACACCGGUGCGCAGGACGCAUAGUUGGUGAAUGCCAAUUGUUAAUAAAGGUGUGACCUCCCA